AUGAAGAAGAAGAAAGUAGAAGACAUUUUAAAAGAGAUUUAUUACAAUCCCAAGAGAGGGUACGGGGGGAUACAAGCUUUGUAUCGUCAGGUCAGAAGUCUGGGACAUAAGAUUUCCUUGAAAAAGAUACGAGAAUGGUUAAAGGAGCAGGAUACCUAUACCUUACAUAAACCCAUUCACAGAAAAUUUCGGAGACAGCAGACCAGAGUGACAGAUAUAGACGAACAAUGGCAAUUAGAUUUAGCCGAUGUGUCCAGUUUAAAGAAACACAAUGACGACUAUACGUUUUUAUUGUGUGCCAUUGACGUCUUAUCUAAAUAUGCUUGGGUGGUGCCUUUAAAACAGAAAACGGGAAAUGAAAUGAUUCGAGGAUUACAAGAGAUUUUUCAACAAGACGGUCGACGCCCCGUCCGCAUUCAAUCGGAUCAAGGCAAAGAAUAUACCAAUCAAGAAUUCUUACAGGCUUUUAAAUCCAUUCAUUUCUUUACCACUCGCAAUACGGACACCAAAACCAGUAUCGUGGAACGAUUUCAGAGAACUCUCAAAGCACGCAUGUGGCGCUAUUUCACCCGUCAUAAAACCAGGCGAAAACCCAAAUUUAAAACGGGAGAUCAGGUGCGCAUCAGUAAAGCCAAACGCACUUUUGAAAAAGGAUAUUUACCCAACUGGACUACAGAACUCUUUACCAUUUCUCAAAGAGUCCCCGGUCGUUACCCUUACGUGUAUCGGGUACAAGAUUACAACGGUGAGGAAUUAGAAGGCACUUUUUACGAGAAAGAAUUACAACAGAUCAUUAAAAAAGACGAUGUUCACGAAGUGGAGGAAAUCUUGGGGUAUAAAAAGCGACGCAUAGGGAAGAAAAUCAUUCAAGAAGUUAAAAUCCGGUGGAAAGGAUAUCCCCUUAGUUUCGAUUCAUGGAUUCCUCAAACGGAUCUCAUCCAGUAA